AUGGAGAAGUUCAGUCAGUUCCGCGACAAAGGCUCGGGCAUCUCGCCCUUCAUCCCCGUCAAGACGGGCCUCUCCCCCGUCUCCUCCGUCUUCCACACGUUCCUAUUUUGCGUCCGCCUCCCCAUCUUCCUCACCUAUGCCGCCGCCUACUUCCUCCUGCUCCAGCACCUCCCCUUCCUCCCCGUCGCCGUCCGCAAGGUCCUGCUCUGGGGAAUGAUGGGUAUCCCCGGCAUCUGGUGGAUCGACCUCCAGCUUGACGGCGUCCGCCGGGGGACCCUCGCCGAGCAGCCCCCGCAGCGCUUCCCGCACCCGGGCUCCGUCAUCGCCGCCAACUUCACCUCCCCCAUCGAUGCUCUCUACCUCGCCGCCAUCUUCGACCCCAUCUUCACCAUCUCCUACCCCAACACCCGCGCCGUCGAGCGCGUCUCCCUCCUCCGCGCCGUCCUCUACGCCCUCUCGCCCGUCCGCUUCGCGCCCCCGCCCGGCGGCAGCGCCCGCCUCACCGACCUCGCCGCACUCCUACGAAAGUACCCCGACCGCGUCGUCGCCGUCUUCCCCGAGGGGGGCACCACUAACGGAAAGGGCGUCCUGCCCUUCACCCCGUCCCUCCUCGCCCUCGGCCCGGACGUCCACAUCUUCCCCGUCAGCAUCCGCUACACCCCGGCCGACAUCACCACCCCCGUCCCCGGCCGCUGGUUCAAGUUUCUCUGGGAUCUGCUCUCCCGCCCGACUACAUGCAUCCGCGUCCGUGUCGCCGAGAGCAUCCUUAACUCCGCCGCCGCCCAGACCAACGGCGUAUCGUCGUCCGUCGUCGCCGACAGCGCCGCCACCCAACGCCGCAUCGGCGGAGCCGACCCUUCGCUGUCGAUCGAGGAACAAAGGGUGCUGGACAAGGUCGGCGAGGCGCUGGCCAGGCUGUGCCGCAACAAGCGCGUUGGCCUGACGCUGCGGGACAAGGAAGCCUUCAUCGAGGCAUGGAACGGCCGCAAAUAG